CCAAUUUCACUGCGUUCGUCUGCUUUGUUAAAAAUUCUGUUUAUUUUAUGAAGUUUGCUGUAGAUUAUUUACUAUGAAAUCUAAAAGUUUUUGUUGUUGACAACGUUAGCUGUUCUAUUGUUAUGAAGAAUCAGUUUAAAAGUUUAUCCAAACAUGUAUAGAAUUUACAGGGUUUUUCCCUUGCUGCCAUUAUGCGAAAAAACUUUCGAAAUUACCUUGUUCCAACGUGGCAUGUUGACACCGUCGUUUCUGGCUCACGGUACACGAACUUUGGGUACCGCAGAACCAUUGGAAAUUGUAGAUUCAGGGCCAUUGGCAACAUACAAAGCCAGAAUAAAAUCUGGGCAUCUGUUAGAAGACCAAUGUCAACUUCAGGCCAUACUCAAAUUACAGAAGACAUUUGAUUCAAUCAAGGGAUACACACCAGCAACCCAAUCAAAUUUAUUGUUGAAAUGGCUGGGUAUGCAGAAGAAGAUGAAUGCUCCCAAAGGUCUUUACAUACACGGAGCUGUUGGAGGUGGUAAGACUAUGAUAAUGGACUUGUUCCACGACACAGUGCAAACGAAUCGCAAGAAACGCGUCCAUUUCAACGCCUUCAUGUUGGACAUUCACCGACGUAUUCACGCGCUGAAAGACGGUUUUGUUCGACAAUCGGGCAGCAAAAACUCCCGCGCAACUAAUUACGAUCCCAUUCCGCCAGUAGCGUCCGGUAUCGCCAACGAAAGUUGGCUGAUUUGUUUUGACGAAUUUCAGGUGACGGACAUUGGCGAUGCAAUGAUAUUGAAAAGACUCUUUACCGAACUAUUUUCUCUUGGAGUGAUUGUUGUGGCUACUAGUAACCGUCCACCAGAAGAUCUCUACAAAAACGGACUUCAAAGGACCAAUUUUCUGCCUUUCAUUCAAGUCCUUAUUGACCACUGUCACGUUCAUUGCCUCGAUUCCGGAAUCGAUUACCGUCAACUCGCGGCGUCCAACAGCGAACAGAAGUUCUAUUUCACAACUCAGGAAAAUGGGGCUGAAAAAGAAGUUAGCCGCCUAUUUAAAUUGUUGUGUUCCAAAGAAAACGAUAACAUACGGCCCCGCAAUUUCAUAGUGCAAGGAAGAAAUGUUACCUUUAAUCGGACCUGUGGGCGAGUUCUCGAUACUACUUUUGAAGAAAUUUGCGAUAGACCGUUAGGGGCUGGAGAUUACUUACAAUUGAGUAAAAUUUUCCACACCGUCAUCAUUCGUGGAGUACCACAAUUGAACCUAAAACUCAAAUCGCCUGCUCGUCGUUUCAUCACCUUAAUAGAUACUCUUUACGACAGUAGAGUGAGGGUCAUUAUUAGUGCUGAUGAGCCACUGCAACGGUUGUUUUCUAAGGAGCGAGAUGCUGAGGUGCUGCUACAACAGACAAUUUCCGUAGACGACACGAACGUGAUUGGCAAUCAGGCUGCCAGUAUAUUUACCGGUGAAGAAGAGCUUUUUGCCUACGACCGGACAGUGUCCAGACUAAGUGAAAUGCAGACUCAAGAUUAUUGGGCCAUGUGGGACACGUCACGCUAGCUUAAUUGUACAUUAUAGGAAUAAUGAAUAAUGUAAAUUUGGACGUCGAUGGUGGGUGUAAUUCAUACAGAUGACAGUCAGAAUACACCAGAUGUUACAAAAACCA